CGCAGGCACAGGCCCCAAAGUUCUUACACAUUCGGUUGCGCGCCAUCGUUCGAGGCGGUCGCACACUUUUCGUGCCAUAACCGUAAACCACUGUCUUCCUAUCGUUUACCGUUUAACCCCAUCAAAAAUAUCGAAUAUCGAACCGAAAACUGCCUUAAAACCACACACACACCACACAAGUACCUAUAACCGUAAAAGCUGCCAAAAAACCAAAAAAAAAAAAAAACAAAAAUUUAUAAAGAACAAACCAAAGUAAAAUCAAAGCCCCCCAAAAAUUUAACGAAACCCCAAACAAGCGAUGGGGUCAUCCGGAUCCCAGGCGUCCGGGAUCAUGACGGGACGGAUGUCACUGCUGUUGCGCCUCCUAGCGGUGGCGGUAGUGAUGAAUGCCAUCCACGUGCCGCUGACAAAUGCCAAGCAAGUCUCGAACUUUGACGAUGACCUGGACUUUAUCCUUGCCGACGACGUGUCCCUGCAGCCCAACGGCAAGGUGGCACUCCAUCGAGGCGUCGGCGACGCUCUGCUGGACGGUGACGACGAUGACGAUGAGGGCUACCUCACCGACGAUGACCUGCCCCUCGCCGAGGCCCAGCAGGCAGCGGACGGGGAUGAGGAGCUGGGGCAGGGCAACUGGUUCAGCCAGGGCGUGCACCGUGUGCGCCGCUCUCUCUCCCGCAUCUUCGGGGGGGAUGCUGCUUCUGGCACCGAAAAGAUCCGCAAUCGUCGCGGGAUCAUUGAGCGGCAGAAGGAGCGUCGCCGCAGGGCCAAGGAGGAGCGGGUGCGAUCGAAGCUCGACCAGAAGCACCGCCUCCAGGAGCAGCAGCAGCGCCAGAAGUUGCUGCUGAAGCAAAUGCCACAGCAGCUGCACAAUCGUGCCACCGAUCCCCGGAAGCGCGCCUCCGAGGCGUACGACGAAACGGAAGGCAGCUCCCCCGAUAUCGAUGAGGAGACGAGUUUCUAUCGCACAUACUUCACCAUUGCCGAGCCCUACACGGACGAGUUCGCGGAUAGGAACAGCGAGGCCUUCCUCAAUCUGCAGAAGCUGCUCGAGGAGGAGAUACGCAAGUUCUUUGACACCACCGUCGACGAUGAUGAGCUGGAAAUACGCAGCACCCUGCUGCGCGUUGAUCAAACGGAUGAUGCCUUCAAGGUGAAUGUGAUGCUCCAGCUGGAGCUGCCCAAUCGCAUAACAGAGUUCGAGGAGCAACUGCGCGCACAGUUGACCACCUACAGCCGACUGGGACGAUUGGGUGCCUUUGCGGAUGAUAUCUUCUCCUUCGAGAAGGUUCACGAAACCCAGUGGCAGGCAGCAGCUGACACCCCAUCAUCAACAACGACACUAUCACCAGCGCCGCCGAUGGAAACGCCAGCAUCUCCGCCAGCCUUCAAGGCGGGCUGUGAUGGUCCGGACUUUUACUGCGCCAAUGGCCAGAGGAUCCAUUGCUAUGACCUGUGCAACGGCAGACAGGACUGUGAGGAUAACUCAGACGAAUGGGAGGACACCUGCAGCAGAUUCUACAACGAGCUCAGCGAUCCCAACGGUCCCAACGAGGAUCCAGUUCCCCAUGAUCCUACUGGCAGGCCAGAGUCCGAUGUCGAGGGUUCCGGCCACAACAGCUGGCCCUCUGGCGCUGACAAUGUUUUGGGCUGUCGCGGCGAUGCCACCUUCCUCUGCCACAUCAGCGGUAACACCAUCUGCGACGAGAUGCGAUGCGACGGCGUCUUCAAUUGCCAGAACGGCGAGGAUGAGGAGGAUUGUUACACCCCGACCAGCGUCGGUACCGGUCCUGGCCUGGUUUGCACUGAAGAUCAGUUCAAAUGCGACUCCACCUGCCUGCCCCUCUCAUACCGCUGCAAUGGGCGUAUCGAGUGCCAGGAUGAGACCGACGAAGCAGGCUGCCAGCCGCCGCCGUAUAACAGCGGAGACCGUGCAUCCGAGGCACCCGUUGAUCGUGAUCCAGAAGAUUUAAGUUCCGAGAAUGGCGACACCGUACCCGAACCAGAGCGAGAACCAGAGCGAGAGCCAGAGCGAGACCCAGAGCGAGAGCCAGAGCGAGAGCCAGAGCGAGAGGAAACUCCAGAGGAAACUCCAGAGCCAGAUACAGGUGGAAAUGAAGUGUGGUCUCCGGCUGCAGCCAUUCGCCUGCCAUUUAUGAGUCCAGUGUACUCACAGUCCUCCCAUUUGACCCUGAACAAUUCGCAUGCGGGGAAGCUAGCUGAGCUGGCUGUGUGA